UUGACCGCGGUUACCAGGAGUCCUGACAGCGCGCUGCGCCCACAACAUUGCUGCAGGGGAGCGUCCGUCCAUCGGAAUUAGCUUAUGGGGAUGUACUGCUGAUGAUUUUGUUUACCGGUGCAUCUCUAAAAUUAAACUGCAUUUGCGAGAUUGAUGCAAAGAUUUAAAGGGAGCGACCCCCACCGAGGCGGUAGGUGAAACAGCUUACGUGCGUCUUUCAUUUGAGAGAUGAGACCACAUGCCAUGUGCUGCUGUGAAGACCAGAUCUCACUUUUUCUCCUGCAUCUGCUGCUCCUGUGAAGAAAGUUACUUAAGGGACUCAGCUACCCACUUUCUGAAAAAAUCCACUAAUGGGGGAAGCACUCACCCAUACAAGUGCACAAUCUACAUGGUUUAUGGAGAUGCAGGUGCCUACAGAGGAAGACCUUUCAUUGACUGGGUAGAGGCAGUGGGGUUUUAGGAUGCGCUCUCUGAGGAAGACAGUGUUGCUGGCCAUCUUGGUGUCGGUGGUGCUGGUGUUGGCCCUCCUCCACUCCUGGCCCACCCGGGCCUACACCACAGUGGAUGUGUGGCAGCGACCGGGGCCAGUGGUAGAGAGGCACCUAGAGGAGAGACUGCCAGAACCAGACCAUCGACUGGGCAACAUCCCCUAUCGCUUGAGGGAGAGUGUGGCAAGUCUGCUUGCACGUAAUGGGUGUGUAUGCGAGGGUGAGAGUGGGGGCGUAAACUUGCCCUUCGCCCAGCUCUUAUUCCCACGGGUGUCGGCUCACCCACUGCACACUGCCUUUGAGGCCUCUGAGCUGGAGGAAAUGAAGAGAAGACGGGCUAAGGAAUACCAGAGUUUCCAGAUGAGGUCUCAGACCCCUGCAGAUGUACUAAUAGUUGCAGAGGCCAACAGUCCAUUACAGUAUCCAACACAGGGAGUGGAGGUGCGGCCCCUGAAAACAGUCCUCAUCCCUGGGUUGGCCUUACAAGAUGCUCCCAGGGAACAUUACUCAGUAAACAUCACUGCCACUCUGGGAACGCUGAACCUGGCAGCGGAGGUAGAUGGGGUGAAAGUGAAAGGAGAUGGCGAGAUGCACAUGACCCUGUCCAGCAGCCUCCUACCCAACCUGAAUCGACAGCUGCAGUUUGUCACCUACACUAACACACUGUUCCACCCCAGCACUGCAGACACAGUGCAAUUUGAGACAGAAGGACACCAAGCCAUGUUUGUCAUCAAGAUCCGUCAUGGUGUAACCCCCAAACUCUACAACACAGGACCCAAAGGAGAAUACAAUGUCAGCGCCCUUGUUACCAUAGCUACAAAAACCUUCCUACGUUAUGAUAAGCUUCAAGAUCUUAUCGACAGUGUGAGAAGAUACUAUCCUACUGUAACCAUAGUAAUUGCUGAUGACAGUGAAAAUCCCAAAACUGUCUCUGGACCCUACAUCGAACAUUACAUUAUGCCUUUUGGAAAGGGCUGGUUUGCCGGACGAAACCUGGCUGUCUCCCAGGUGACCACAAAGUAUGUGCUGUGGGUAGAUGAUGACUUCAUCUUCACAUCCAACACCAAGCUGGAGAAGCUUGUGGAUGUUUUGGAAAGAACCACUCUUGAUCUGGUGGGCGGUGCAGUGCGAGAGGCAACAGGGUAUACUGCCACCUACAGACAGACCAUAUCCAUCGAGCCAGGGGAGGACGAUGGUGACUGUUUACACAUGAGGAGAGGAUUUCACCAUGUUAUCCAGGGUUUCCCAAAUUGUGUUGUCACAGACGGGGUCAUCAACUUCUUCCUGGCUCGCACUGAUAAGGUUCAGCAGGUGGGCUUUGACCCACGCUUGGCCAGGGUGGCUCACCUGGAGUUUUUCAUCGAUGGCCUGGGUUCCCUCCAUGUGGGAUCUUGUGAUGAUGUCAUUGUCAAUCACGCAACCAAGAUCAAACUUCCUUGGGUCAGCCAAUCGGAGAGCGACAAGACUUACGCUAAGUUCCGUUACCCAUCAGCCUCCUCAGAUGCCACGCAUACUAAAAAUGGCCUCCUGUUCUUCAAGAACCGAUUUCAGUGUUUGACUCACAAUUGAUUCCUCCUCUCCUCCGACCUCACCUCUCUCUCUCUCUACCAGAUUCCUGCUCUUUCCUGAGUUGCCAAAGACGUUCUCCUCCAGUGUGUCCCGUCAGAUAAGAUUUCAGACCACCGAUUUUUACACCUCCCCUUGACAACCUAGUCCGUGGUCUUUCAGCCGGCGCUGUAGAGAGACUGUGCCAUUAGAGCAGCUUUAGCCUGUUCAUUCUGUCCUUAACAAUCAUGACUGCACAGCUAACAGUCCCUCACUUAUCUGUCCUUCCAGAGGACAGAUAGGAAAGCUCAGGCUCUAUCCUGGAGUGCUGACUGUAAAACAGUGAAAAUACAAAGAAUUAAAAGAACAUUUUACAAUCAAUUGUAGUGCAAACAUAUCGUCUUGUUUAUAUACCUAGAUCCAGUUGAUUGCAAAUCAAUGCCAUCGUUCUUUCUCUUUACUGGUAGCAUAGCUCAUCAUACUCUUGAUCGAUUGACUCAAGGUUAUGAGGAGAUUGUGCUUGGUGUUUCUCAAAUCUUAUCUGGCAAGACCUUACUGAGUGAUUCUGUUAUUAGAGACCAAGACCUGAGAAAAAGCUAGAACCCAACAGGUGGCAUGGAAAAGGAAUCAAUCAUUUCAUUUUCAUACCGUUUUGAAGCGAGUCGAGGUACAUGCGUCCUCUGUUCAACUUGCACUAUGUUAAAAGACUGAGCUCGGAAAAGCAGUUGUGGCAGAAUCUGAGAGUAAGGACUCACUAUUGGCAAGGACAAGAGACACCUCCCAGAAAGUGACAAUCUUGUAGACACAGGGCAUAGGUACCCCUUUUACCAAUGCCAUAUGAAGAACGCGUUUCAAACUUUUAACGUGUGGUACCUAAGCUCCGUGACUGGAUGUGCCAAAGGUUUGGCUGCGGGUUUGGGGUGUGUUUACUUCUUAUUUGUUAGUGGUAUUGAGUUUCCCUUCCCUGACCCAGGAUCCCUUGUGUUAUUUGUGAGUGCUUUACAACUGAUGAGGAGAAACUUUGCAUCCCACCUAUCCGGAGUCAGACCUGGUACUAGCUGAUCUGGGAACAGCCUUGUUUUUGUCCUUGUCUUCUGCAGUGUGUCACUCUCCAGUUUCUUCAGCAAGUAUCUAAGAAGAGGAACAUUUCUGUCCAUGCACGCCAAUGAAUGACACUGAAAGUGAUUGCAUUUGUACACGCUGCCUAACAGACAAGUUGGAUUGACCAAAGUGCAUGUAUAUAUUUCCUCAUCCUAACAGGAAAAAAAGAAGGGUGGGGGUGGUGGGCGGGUGGGGUGCACACUGAGACAGACUGGAUAUGGGUUGCACAGUUAGAUCAUGUAAUGGAAUAGGUGACACACGGUGCACGUUAGAGCAUGGAAGGAAAGCUGAGCAGUGCGUCGUGAUAUUUUGGAAAUGAGACGGUGAAGUGAGAUCGUGACGCACCGAGGCUGAAAAAUCACGUUUUCUACUGACAGCUCCUCUGUCAAGGGUCGUAUCUGGGGGCGAGGACACACUCCUGCCUGAAGAAGUGGUUAUGCUGUUCUUUUAUACCAUGGCCUUUAGAUGGCGCCCUUGUAUCAAACUAUUGUUUCUUAAGUCCGACUUCAAAAUGAGUUUUUAACUGUCAUUUGUUAUUAGCAACAAGGUGCCAGAGAUUAAACUUCUGAAUUUUUAUUGAUUGAUUGAUUGAUUUAUUUUCCUUUGUAAAUCUUGAGAGGAAUAUUUUGAGACUAUAUCUAUUUUGUGUGAUGUUUCUGUCUGCUAUGGGAUUUUUCUUCACCAAAAUGGGAUGUUAGCUUUGUGGACUUACAGGGCCAAAACCUAACUUGAGAUAUAAGUCUUAGUUUCUUCAUUUUGAAAUCUAUUUGAAACCAUUAUGUAACACCCUUGGCAACUGUGUGUUCAAAAAUGCGUCUCAUGUUAGUGUUGAACCAAUCACAGGUAUUUAUUUAUUUAUUUAUUUAUUUAUUUAUUUACAGUGAUCACUGUUGUCCAAACAUUGAUAAAGAAAUGUGUUGUCUUGCUUGCUUCACCCAACAGUCACUGGUAUGAGUCUUCUGCUCACAGCAGAACGUGCUGCAUUGUUUGCUUUUUAAUUUCAACUUUUGACAUAUUAAAACUGUGAAAAUCAACAUUCAUUGGAUUCCCUAAAUGUGUGUGCCAAGCUGAGCACUGUGGGUGUGUCAGGGUGAGCCAGUGGUGAGAGAGAGCGCUGGGAACCAGAGGGUCACACGUUCAAGCCCCACCACAGCGAGUGUGUGUCCUAACCCUAACCCUAACCCUAACCCAACAUAUAAGAAUCUGAGGUGACUGUCUGCUCACUCAGAGUAAGAUGCUUCAGCCAAGAGCAACAGCAAAAUGACUAAAACUUAAAUGUACUGAAUUACAUCUAAUGGCUGUUUGCCAUUUUCUGACUAUACUUUGCAUUGGUCCUGCUGUUUCCUUAGUGCAGUCACUGAUUUCCUCCAUGCUCCUCCUCAAAAGGUUAGACUGUGACAUAUUUACCCACAGGACUCAAGCAGGCACAUGAAUUCCAGCUUGGCAGUAAUUCUAAUUUAUAUUACUUUCAGGUUUACUGUGUGAUGUGUUUUAACUAUCAGUUUUCCUGUCUUAAAAAAAAAAAAAGGCGGGGGUGAAACGCAAUAGUUGGCGCUGGCAUCAUAAAAUCUUGGAUUCAUAUGAUUGUUGAACAUCUGUCAUGGUAACAUCGGUUCACUCGCAGUUUAACCCAUUUGUGACUAAUGGCAAACUCCUGCAAAAUGUAUUCCAUGAAAAAGCGUUUUGUUUUUUGUUUUUGUUUUUUUUCAUGAAGAAGACAAAGCAAAUUAAAGCAACUAAAAUCUCAAA